AAUUCCGUAGUGUAUAAUAUAGUGUAUAAUUAUUAGUCUGUCAAAACUGAUUUGGACCUUGGAAAUGAAAACCGGAACUAAGGUUCGGCUCCAUAUCUGGUUCUAGGCGGAGAGUUUUCACUGUGACAGAGAAAAGAUGGCGUCGGGCGUUAGUGUCAGACUAAGAUUCCUUAAGAAAAACAUUUGCAGGUACCGGUCUCUGCACAGUCUGACAUCCGUCCACCGGAGGGUCUUCUUGAACACUGAUUCCGGACUUUGUUCACUUAGUGCGGGCGAAGUCCGGAGCCAGCGACCGGUUAGCAGUUCAAACACGAAAUCGCUUCAGAGCGACAUCUACUGUCUGCAGCUGGUCAGGUCCAGAGACUACGAGGGCUUCCUGUCAUCCCUCCUGCUCCCAGAGGAGGCGCGACGCACCUCUCUGGCUCUGAGAGCCUUUAACGUGGAGCUGGCUCAGGUUAAGGACAUGGUUUCCCAGAAGACCAUUGGUCUGAUGCGGAUGGAGUUUUGGAAGACGGCGAUUGAAGAAAUCUACAGAGACCAGGCUCCGCAGCAGCCGGUCACAGUGGAGCUGUGGAGGGCGGUGAAGAAACAUCAGCUGACGAAGCGGUGGUUUUUGAGGAUGAUCACAGAAAGAGAAAAGGAUCUGGACGACCGAGCCUUCAGGAACAUACAGGAACUGGAGAGUUAUUCUGAAAACACACAGUCAUCUUUACUCUAUUUGCUGCUGGAGACAUUAGGUGUAAAAAACGUACACGCUGACCAUGCAGCCAGUCACAUCGGUAAAGCCCAGGGGGUUGUCACGUGUCUCCGAGCAACACCGUACCACAGCAGCCGCCGACGGGUCUACCUGCCCAUGGAUAUCUGCCUAAAGCACACAGCGUCACAGGAAGAUUUCAUCCGCUGCAGACGAGAGCAGAACGUACGAAACGUUGUGUAUGACAUCGCCAGCCAGGCUCACGUGCACUUACAACAUGCUCGAUCCUUCAGCAACAACGUUCCUGCAGCUGCUGCUCCAGCGUUUCUGCAGACGGUGGGGUUGGAGGACUAUCUCCAGAGAGUCAGGAAGGCUGAUUUUGAUGUUUUUCACCCCAGUCUUCAGAAGAGAAACCCUCUCAUUCCUCUGCAGCUGUACCUCCGCUCCUGGAAGAAGAGCUACUGACAGUCACAGAAGUUUUAUUGUCAGUCAACACUUUACUGAAGGGCCUCUGGUCUGUCUUCAGAGUCCAAACAACAUUUGGAGGGAAGGAGAAAUGAUGGAAAUACAGUGGGAGGGUAAAUGUGUUUUGUGAUUGACAGCUGAAUUCACCUGUCAGAGUCUGAAGAUGUGAGUGACAUCUUGUCAUUGUUCACUUUCUCCAGGUUUUUAUGGGAUGAUCCAGAUAUAGUCAUUUAUUUGUGAAUUCACUGAAGUAAAUGGUGGGUGGAUCUAGAUGUACCAUCCAAAAAAAUAAGAGGUGGAGCCUUAUUCUGCAACAACUUCGCAUUUUUAAUAUGAUUUUUUUUUGAAUAUUUUCCUUAUUUUUAUUCUUUUUUUCACACUAAUAAUUAAAAUGGUAUCAGUAUUUAUUACCUAUUUAUAUAUCAUCACCAUCAAAGAAACGGAUAACAUAAAACAAUGAAAAGCCAUUCAAAUAUUCUAACAACAUUUUAAGUUUUCAAAGCAAAAAUAUUCUGAAAUGAGAUAAAACAAACUCUGGAGUCACCUCAGGUCAAAUGAUGUAAUUUGAAUUACUCCUUACAUUUGCAAAAUUGAGUGCUUGAAUGCUUUGAAGGAGGAAAGUGAAAGAAGGAAGUGAUUUCACUUGUAUUCCGAGUCACUGCAGUAUCGUCCGACAACAGGGAGAGCUGGUGAUUCCGGGUCAACAGUAGAAGAAUAAGAGAAAGAUGAGAAGAAGGAAAGGGCAAAUUGUUAAACGUUUUAUUUUGAAUCUGUUUGUCUUCACUGAUUUACGUGGACUGUGAUGAUUGGUUGUCACACAAUAUGCUGUCACCCAGGAACAAAACGUGGUGGUUAAGGAGCAGCAUGUAAAAUAAUGAAUGACUGGUGUGUUGACUGUAGUACAUUUUCUGUCCAAUAGUUUUUUGUAGAACGGACCAGAGGAUGCUGGUGUGUAGUACAUGUCUACAGACCAAUGUGGUCUGUACAGAAGUUAGAAUACAUUUAUGCAAGUGGAUAUUUUAUAUAUUGAAAGCUUAUUAAAAUAAACUACAAACUGCUGUG